AGGUGCGUGACAGUCGGAGCUCUCUGCAGGCAUGUACGGCAAAGGCAAGAGCAACAGCAGCGUCCCGUCCGACAGCCAGGCCAGGGAGAAAUUAGCACUGUACGUAUAUGAAUAUCUGCUCCAUGUAGGAGCACAGAAAUCAGCCCAGACGUUUUUAUCAGAGAUAAGAUGGGAAAAAAACAUCACACUGGGGGAGCCCCCAGGAUUCUUGCACUCCUGGUGGUGUGUAUUUUGGGAUCUCUACUGUGCAGCUCCAGAAAGACGAGAAACAUGUGAACAUUCAAGUGAAGCAAAAGCGUUUCAUGACUAUAGUGCUGCAGCAGCUCCCAGUCCAGUGCUAGGAAACAUUCCCCCAGGAGAUGGCAUGCCAGUAGGUCCUGUACCACCGGGUUUUUUUCAGCCUUUCAUGUCCCCUCGGUACCCUGGAGGUCCAAGGCCACCUUUAAGAAUACCCAAUCAGGCACUUGGGGGUGUGCCAGGAAGCCAGCCAUUAUUGCCUAGUGGGAUGGACCCAACACGGCAGCAAGGGCAUCCAAACAUGGGUGGGCCAAUGCAGAGAAUGACUCCUCCAAGAGGAAUGGUUCCAUUAGGACCACAGAACUAUGGAGGUGCAAUGAGACCCCCACUGAAUGCUUUAGGUGGCCCGGGGAUGCCUGGAAUGAACAUGGGCCCUGGGGGUGGUAGACCUUGGCCAAACCCAACCAAUGCCAAUUCUAUACCUUAUUCUUCAGCAUCUCCUGGGAACUAUGUAGGUCCUCCAGGAGGUGGAGGGCCACCAGGAACACCGAUCAUGCCUAGUCCUGCAGAUUCUACCAACUCUGGAGACAACAUGUACACUUUAAUGAAUGCAGUACCACCUGGACCCAACAGACCUAAUUUUCCAAUGGGGCCAGGAUCAGAUGGACCCAUGAGUGGACUGGGUGGAAUGGAUUCACACCAUAUGAAUGGAUCAUUAGGUUCAGGAGACAUGGACAGUAUUUCCAAAAACUCUCCCAGUAAUAUGAGCAUGAGUAAUCAGCCUGGCACUCCCAGAGAUGAUGGUGAGAUGGGUGGAAACUUCCUAAACCCUUUCCAGAGUGAGAGUUACUCCCCUAGCAUGACAAUGAGUGUGUGAUCCAUUUACAAGUCUCGUCAUGAAGAACACAGUGAGUUGGCCCUCUUCAGAGAGCUACUGCAGAAGAAAAUUAUUUGUCCCAGUGUACAGUUUAACAAAAGGAUCUCAGACACAAUCAGACCCACCUUUUUUUUUUUUUUUUCUACCAUCUCCCCCGUUUUGUCAAGACAGUGGGUCCCAAACAUGAUUGAGACAACUGUAAAGAGUGGCGUAACAGAACAGCCCAAGAUGGAACUGCAAACAAUUAUUGUGUAUGUACAUGUGUGAGUUAAUGUAUAUGUAUGUGUGUGUGAUAGGGAAAUACACACAUACAUAUAUAGACCCGCAGGACAUUGUAAAAUAUUAUCACAUGGCAUCUUAAGUAGAAAUGAGAAGUAGGGAAUUUUUUCCAUAAUUUCUUUUUUUCUCUCCACGUUUACAUUUUAAUUAUUAAAAUUUGCUUUCCCUCUCCCCUCCUGAAUUGUUUAUGUUGCAUAUAUCACUGCUUUAUAAGUUAUUUUUAAGGUGAACUCAAAUGAUAAAUUCUUCUGAUUUUGUAAAUGUCUGCCAAUAUGGAUAGGAAUAAAAUUGCUUAUAAGAGCUUUCAUUAACUUGUGUUUGAUGCCAGUUACCCUGUGAAUCACAAACUGUACUGUCUCAAGAAAUAGAAGAAAGCUCAUCUUAAUUUUUUGAAGAAAUUUAAUAAUUUUCACCUAGUUUGGUGAUUUUUUUAAUACUUUGCCUUUAAAAAAAAAAAAGCACUGAAGGUUAUUUUUCUUCUUUAAUUGAAGCCUAAUAUCUGCAAUAUCUCUUUUGAAUGGAAGUCUGAAUUUGAUACAAGCUUCUUACUUUAUAUAGAGUACUAUAAGGUUACUGCAAGUGAGCUCUGAUUGUUAUAGAAUCUAGCAAUAAAGUGUCAGGACUUCUGCCCUUGGAAAUGAGUUUUCUAUUGAGCAUGAUCUUCCUUAGAGGGGGUAGUUAGUGCAAAUACAUUAGAGUCCUCAUCACCAAAACCUUUUCUAACAAUUUAUUCAUAUAUUUCCCAUUUUCAGUGAUUCUCUACUGAAUUGUAACAGUCCAUGGUCCUAAUUAUAAACAGUAUUUCCCAAGCCCAUUCAGAAAAUCAGGUCAUCCUGCUACUUGGGUGGUGUCUGUUUUUCACCACGUUUACCAGAAGGAAUUCCUUUAAAACUUAGCUGUAAACAAUGAGUUUGUGUUUUGGUUUUUUUUUCCUAACCAAAAUGUUGGAGUAAACAUUUAAUGACUACUAGCCUCGUAUGGGUCUUACUUUUUGCCAUGAACAGGAGAAAAGGCUUAGGCCAUUUUCUAAGGAAGCCAAUUAGACAUGAAAGCUGAGGACAAAAGGGAGAAAAGGCAUAUAGCCUUAAAGGAAAUGCUUCUGAAAGCAAUCCAUGUCUCUUCAGGGAAAGUCUAAAGUGAAGAAUAUGGUACAUUUAGUUCAUAAUAACUGCCAGUUCUCCUGAAGGAAAAAAAUACAUUUUCAGUUGUAUAGAGAUCAAAAGGUUGAUGAUUUUUUGCCACAGACAAAAAGCAAAGUCCCUUCCUUGGACUUCUUUUAUAGAACAGCCAGUUACAGAGGAGGAGCAGUUCUGAGAUGUAGUUAUGUCCAUAAAGUCUUGCAAGAUUUUUUUCAUGAAUUUGUGAUAAAGAAGCAUGUGUAAUGGACUCAUUGUGAUGGUAGCUGCCCAUAAAGGGAUGUGUAAGGAAUGCUAAUUUUUAUUUUCAUACAUUACUGUAAUAUAUGACUAUAUUAGUUAUUAUAAUAACGCAUGAAAAUAAAAAUCUGUAACACUUUUAACUCUCUUCUUAGAGCUAUUCAAAGGUGAAACUCUUGGAGGCUUAGAAAUGUUGAAAUGUCAAAGAUUUUGGUAGCAUUACUUUUUAGUAAAUAAUACUUUGAUUAGCUGUAAACAUAAACUACGUAGUCAUGGCAUGGCUUCCUGGACUUUACUCCAAGUGGUGAUGAGAGUAAUAUCCAUUGGUUAUCUUUGAAAAACACUUUGCCAUUUCAAAAGAUGCUCGGAUUCCCUACUGUUAACUCUAGCUACAAAAAACACAAAAUCAGACCUAAUUCCCUCAGACCUUUCACUGUUGUCACUAAUAGCAUCUCUAUUAUCCUUAGUAGCCUUCUAAAAGGGGCUUUAGGACUCUUUUCUGCCCAGUUUCAGUCAGUGUCACUGCGUCUGGUCUAAGGUAGAUGGAUUUGUCUGGACUGUGCACCAUGAGCCAUGCAACAGGUAAAUGUGGCCUCAAGUGAGCUCAUAAAAGGUCAAGUGCAUCCAGGCUCUGUUGUGCAUCUCCAAGGGAAGCCCUGUCCUGUGCCAUGCCACCCUGGGCCUUCUGCAGGCAAGCAGAGUGUCCCCUGACCACAUCUGUCCUGGCAUUCCUGAGGGCUCUCGUACAGGACACAGUACAGGCUCUCCUGAAGCUUCUUACUCUGGCAAAAUGAAGCAGAAUUUGGGCUUAGUAUUAACCAGACUCUUUUUUCUUUUUUUCCUCUCUUUAAAUUUGGUAUUAUCUGCUGUGCUUACAGGCACCUGUUAAGGGUGAAAGUCUGGCCAUUGAAGUAAACCCAUGUAAAGAAACCCUUAAAUGGAACUGCCAACACAUUUUGAGUAUCAUUAUCAAAAUACAUUAUCCUAAUUUACUUAACAAGAAUAUAACAUCCUUUCAGGCAUGUAAUUUUUCUCCUGUAGUUCUUUUGAACUCCCUUCUGUACAAUUUUUCUUACUGCCAGAAUAUCUUUUUUCCCCCUUUCAAUUACUUUUCUAAAACAUUUACAUCAAAUUUAACAUGGUUGCAUUGAUCCUGCAACAUUAAUCUCAGUAAAUUCCUGGCUUCAAAAUUACCAGGAUCAGACACUCAUAGCAGUCUCUCUGUGCCCUGGUAUUGCAAGUUACUACCUAUGUCCAGCACUUCUCAUACCCCACAGACUGGUGGGACUAAAGAUGUGCAAACCUGAAAAAAAAUUGUAUUUGGGAGAUUUGCUUGAGUGCUCAAUGCAUAUCCUACUAUUAGAAUUUUGAUCAGAUGUAAGGAAGCCUAAUAAUCAUCUUGCUUUCUGUAGGGAAUGCUUACAUUCCUUGUGCUUAUAUACAUCAGUACAGCUAUUUACACACCCAUUGUUAAAAUUGGGGGUUUAUAACCAUAUAUAGGUUCUGCAGUUGAACCACUGAAGAACAAUCCUAUGUGCUAAGCUGUCAGUUUUAAAAUUACAAGUAUCCCGUUGGGUUGUGUUUUGAUUUGUUUUUUUAUUAUUACUAUUAAGCAUGCCCAGAGCUUUUUGCUUCUUCAUUUGUUUUCUUUCUUUUGCUUAUAAAUCCUCAUAGGAUUUUCAUGGAAAGAAAAACUAUUUCCAAGUAUUACUCCCACAUAUGUUUCUAAUGCACUAGAUAUCAACAUGUAAUAUAACUGCAGUUUGUUUCUCUCCUUAUGCAACAGCAUUGUUGAUAAUGGCAGAACUUGUCCAGCUCUGAGAGGAAUUUUAUUUUAAGUGGCACAGGGUAGUUUUCCUCACUCAGUUUUUAAAUAGAUUUCUCUCUUUAUGAUAUAAAUAAAUAGAUCACGAUUCUUUAAAUGGGACUUUUGGCCAAAGUGACUUCUCUUUUAAAAAGAGAAGUGAUGAAAUCUUAAAAGUAGCAGAAAUAGGGUGCAAUGGAUUUUGCAUACUGUGAGAACUCUGCCAAAUAUCAGCUGAAAUCAGCUGAAAUUGGGAAUCACUUGUGAAUUGCACAGUAUCAUCCGUGUUGCAUAAACCUAUGAAAAGAAGUAUUCACACCCAGAUUUUCUCUCCAUGCCUGAACAGGGAUUAGGACAAGGAAUAAGCUGUGUGAAUCACAAGUAAAGCAUGCAGCCUGAGGUAUGCAUUGAAAAUACUUCGAUGCUUGCAUUUAUGGGUUGCAUGAUUUUCUUCAUUGCCUGAGCAUUCAGAAGAUCUGCAGUCCCACUCUGUCCCAGCCCCUCCACUGCCAAGUGAGAUUGUUGGAUGUAGAAAAGGUGACAAUAACCUUAUGUGCUGCCAGUGACACAAAUCUGCCUCAGCUUGACUCAGAGGCAUCUCAGAGUGACAGUCCAGGGGUCAGGCAGUCAUCCAUCAGCCUGUGGCUGAGGCCACAUUUGCUUUUUUUUUAUUUGGAAGCCCUCUGCUCACAGACCACCAGUGAGUCAUGUAUUCAGAGACAAUAACAACUUUCAGCUCUCCCUAGAAUAGAAAUAAAUGCCCCAUGUCCCUAGAUAUCCAGCUGUUGGUUUCCUUUGCAACAGACAUGCACAAUGAAAUCUGUGCAGGCUAAUGAUUUCCUGUAUUUAAAUAAUCCAGGUUAGGAAGAACUGACUAGAAUCAUGCUUCUUUAUCAGCAGCAAUUGAUGCAUCAGCAGGACAGCUCCUUGAACUGGCUAAAAGUAAUGUGACUUUUCCCCUGUUCUGUGGCUAGCAGAUGAAAUACUAUAUGUAAAAAUGAUUUGGAAUUAGGUACUUUAAUGAGGGACCAUUUGUUACAAUAUUCAGUGUUGUAUUCUUUUUUCCCCCUGUACCAGUGAAAAUGGGUUUUCAGCUUAUGUGCAUUGCACCAAUUUAUAUUUCUUAGAUCUUAAUUUUUGUGUUAUAUCCUAUUGCUAGUCAACUCUGAUUCUUUGUUAUUUUUGUGGUUUCUAAAUAUGGACUGGAUUCUUUAAGAUUUGAGUUCACAUUUGGAGAAUGUAAAAUAGACCUCAGUGAUUUAAAAAAAUAACAUAAACACACACACAAAAAAAAUCCUACCACAACAUCAGUAUAGGUAAAUCUGGUUUUCUUUAAUUAUAUUACUGUAAGUGAUGUCCCAAACACUCUUCAUUUUGAUUGAGCCCUAAGGAUGGGAAUCCUGACAAGGCACAUCUUUCAAACAAAACCCCCAAAACCCAACAGUGGUAGCUCAUUUCUCUUUACACUUAUCACAUUAAGGAUCUAAUUCAGGAUUUAAUGAUAAAAAAAAACCUAUAAAAAUCAGUACACUCAGAAAUAAAUUACUGGCUUAGUCUGAUGAGCUGCUGCUCAUGGCAAUUGUCCUGCUCAAAUUUUGAUGAAACCACUCAUAUAAGGUAAUUUAUUUUUUUUUUAGGAUUUCACCCUGAUCUAGGUGAAAUAUAUAAUUUGUCUGAGAUGUGAUGUUAUUUGGCAGAUACAUAAACUGAGUACAUAAAGUAAAAUAGAGGGUUUGCUGAAAUUACCAUAUUUUAAGAAUAUAAGCAGUAUCCUUUAAGAAAGUGGUCUGCUAAUAUGCUAAAACGAUGCUUGAGUAUGGACAGUUUAGAAGUUCAAAUUAAGUCUUCCCUAAAUAGCCUUUAUUUUUAUUACCAGGGCAGGAGCAUGUUUAUAUAUCAGUAAUAAUGAUAUGUGAAAUGGAUUUGGCUUUCUUCUGUUUCUUAUUUUAUUACAGCAUUGUUCACUUCCACAUUAACUAUUUUUGUGAACUUGUCUUUACAUCUUGUUUCCAAUUUUGCAGCCAUAGUUUCCCUCAACAUAGCUAUCAGCUUUGCAAUUUUAGUCCAAACUUCUAUUUGGUCACUAUUUUCCAUCUAAGCUUAAAAAGUGUAAGAGCCUCUCAUGUAAUGGGAAAACUUGCCAUAAAAAUGUGUAAAGGUUUUAUUUGGUACAUGUUUUCACAUUUAAUAAAAAUGCGAUUUUCAGUUAUAAUUUGAAAUGGUCACUUUCUAGCCACUAUAUAAUCUCUAUGUGCUAAAGAAAUUGAGAAAACAAAUUACCUUUUUUAUAUGUACGUUUGAAUUCAGCAUCAUAAGUAUUUGCUGAAAGACAUGGUUUUGGAGAAAUUAGAUGAAAAUUACUGUGUAGUUGCUAUGCUAGACUUAAUACUGAAAGCUCCUUCCACAUCCCCAAAAGUGAGCGGCCUGACGUCUGAUAUGAGUGACUUUGUUAAAGCCUAAUUCACAAAUAGUAAUUUAAUUUGUUGAUUCUGUGUUUUCACUGUAUCUCAUGGACAAUUCAGGGUCCCUCUUACCUGUGCCGGGGUUCUGUUGCUGUAUCUCUCAGAGGAGUAACUGUGUGGUCAAUCAGUCCUGUUCACCAGGUCUGGUAAUUAAAGGGCUGGAUAAAAUAUCCAACCAGGUGUGCACUCAGAAACCAGGUAUUUGUAUGCUACCUCGCUGUUCUCUUGAGAACUUGUUCAUUUCUUCUUGCAGUUAGGCUUGGGGGCUCCCUUGAGAUUUUACAGGACUGAGAGAAGAAGUUCAUUUUGCCAAGAGAAAAUUCUGGCAGUUUAGCACCAGCUUUCAUAGGGGAUCAGCACAAAACAUGGGGAUUUUGAAAGGUGAUGCAUUUUCUCAAUACCCUGGGUGUACUAGGAAAUAGAUCAUAAAAUUUAGAAGCUUGGUCUGUUACAGAGAUACACACAGUCCCUCAGAUUAGGGGGGAAUUAGGAGAAUAAGCAUGGCAAAACCUGUGUUUGUCCCUGUAGAGUGAAAUCAUCAGUAAUCACUCUUGAUGUGAGGAAUUACAGAACAACUGCUCUCAUCCUUGAGGAGCCAAAUUAUCAACUGGAUGAACUGGAUAUUUGUAGGCUUUAUUUCUGGUGUUCAGUCUUCAUGGUUGCUUCUCUCUUAUUUGGAUUUUCCUAUUAAAUGUACUGUGCCAGAUCUUUGCACAAAAAUAAGAACAAUUUGCCCAAUAAACACGCAGCAAGUUGUUCACAACUGUAACUAGAGUCCAGUGGUAGAGAGUUUAUUUCAUUAGAGACACUGAACAUAACAACAAAUGCGUGGCAGUGCAAUAUCCUGAGAGCUCUUACUGUUUGAGAUAAGGAAAGAUAGCAUCUCAUGGACUCACGCAGUAGACGAGAUUAUUUCUAACAGUGACAUAACAUAGUUUGAAACAAAAACUGAUGUUUACCAUGCAGAUUGGAGUUAAAAAAAAAAAACACAACAAAAAAACACAAAGCAUAAAACCCAAACAGAGCAUGUUUAAUUGAAGUAGAAAUUUACUAAAGCUAUUACUUGCUAGGAGAUUUUAAGAAGUAUCCUCCUGAUAACAGGCAUGUUAGCAGCAAAACUGGUAGCUGCUCUCUGCACAGGAGUGGGGCUCCUGCAGAAUCUGUAAUCCCCAGCAGGGGCUGAGUUUCUUGGUCCAGGCAGCUCAUAGAUCAGGGACUGCCAACCCACAGACCACACCUUUUAUUACAGAUGAGUGAAGUGCAGGUGCCCUUCUGGUGGAUGCCAAAGUUGACUUCCAGCAGGAGCAGAGUGUCCAGCAGUUUUGUGGAACAGAAAAGAGGUGUUUGCUGAAUUGCCACUUGAAAACAAGACAUUGAAAAGCAGGUCUAGGGUAUUCUCAGGUCUGUUCUCAUUUUUCUGAUUAACUCUUUAAGUUUGCUUUGGUUUACAUUUACAUUAAUGGCUAAGGAAGAGAAUAAAAGUUUCUAAACCAGAGCUAAAAUCCAAACAUGGAAAAGUGGCAUGAAUAAAGUGGAAGCUGGAGCUUUCUGUUAGUUAAGAAUCUAGUAAUUUUUUAUUUUCUUUUUUAAUUAAAAAAAAUUUUUUUUUUGUAGGUCAAAAAGGAUCCAUAAAAUAAACUUCUGUAGCCUUGUAGUGGCGAUUUGAGAAGUGUGAAUCAAAAUGCUGUAUAUGCUUAGAAACCAAUUUUGAGGGCUUGUUUUUUUGUGGCAAGUAUCCCCUUGCAAAAAAUGUGGUGCAUCUCUUUUGUGCAUGUUUGCCUAAAACCAUGAAAGCAAAUCAAUUUUUUAUGGAUUGUUGUUCAUGCAUCAGGAAAACACUUGUUUCUGGUGGGGAGAGGAGUAAGAUUUGAAAGCUGGUGGGCUAGCAUAUUUAUGUGAAUUACUUAAAGCAUUGGUAAACUAUUGUCAACUUUGUUCACAUUGCACAAGAUACUCUGUGUAGUCUACUGCUGGCAUUAUAACCUCAGUGAUCCAUGCAUAUUCUGUAAAUCCUUGCAGGUUUUGUGUAAGAAACCUUGUCACCAUUGCUUACUACUGUAAAUUUUUGUUCUGAAGCAAGAGGUGGCUUUUGAUUGUACAGCCAUGUGUAUUAUAUACUACAACAGUACUUGUUCUGUCCUUAAAACUUGCUGUUCACAUAUAGUUAAAGCUUUUUUGAGCACGCUUAGUGGUUUCAGAAUUUGUUUCAGACAGCAGAUUUAUUUGCCAUUUAUAGGAGCGUUAAAUCAAGUGUAACGUGAAACAAUUCAACCUUGUUCACAUCCAUUUUUCAGAGCUUGGGGGUUGGAUAAGGGGCAGCUGCAGGUUACCACAUUUCAUGGCUCUGUACAAGCUGUAUGCUUUCCAGCUACAGGUGCCUGCAAGCCUGAGAUCAGACCCUGUGCAGGGAGCUGCACAGCAGAGCAGAUCUUUUCUCCUGCUGUCCCCAGGCCAAGGCAGGCUACAAACAAAGAUACUAAUUUUCCUCUGCUGUCUCUUUCUUUUUUUUCCCCCAAAAAACCUUUUACAUCAAUGACAGGAUAGAAAACCAUCUCCAAGGUAUGCAGGGGGUAAGGAAGCACUGCAUCUGUAUUGCAUCCUUGUCCCCAGCUACCACAGGCUUUAUGUGCAGCAAUGUUUUAAGGAUAAUUUAAUUCUUUGCCUGGUUAUCAAGAUAGAAAAAUAAUCUGAAUUCUUGGGCCCUGGGUUCUUUUUUAUUAGUAUUACAUGAUUACAAUGAAGACCUGAAAAUGUGUAUCUGUUCUUUGCUGGUUUCUGAGAUCAGAAAUUAAAGUCCUGUCUGGACUGAAAAACAAUGAUGGGAAAAGUAAAAAAGCUAGGAAAGUGGAAGGGGAUUCUUACUUGGAUUAUUUUAAAUUCUAUGUUUUACUUGUUUUAAUUGAGAGUUUAAAUGACUAGAUUAAUCUUUUGAAUAAAGGCAGUCUUUGUUAGUGACUUUGCACCUUCACCCUUAUAUGUAAAAUUUUGAGUACUUGCAAUAAAUCUUCCUCACACCUCCAAGCCACUCUGUAGAUAAAUUGCCUAUAUUCCUAAAAUAAAAACAAAACAAAACAAAACAAAACCACAAUGAAAUGUUUCUGCAGAUUACUUCAGACCUUUACAGAGAACAACAGGGUAAACUCAAUCCCAUAAUCCCAACUAUUUCCAGGUCACAUUUAAACAAUUAGGCGGGGUAUUUUAGACAAAGAAUGACUUUGAACAUCAUAAAUGAAUGUAAUGUUCAAACUCCAGUCUUUGGAAGUAGAGAAAACCUCAGUAAUUUUCCAAACCAGCAAGAAUUAAAUUUGUCAGUAAUUAUUAGUGUAGAAAAUGCAUGCAAAACUUGAUACUGCCUCUGACCUUAAGCAUUAAUACUGAUAAUAUUGGGGAUCUCACAGAAUUUGUGUAUUUCAGAACAGCUGUAUUUCUUCUCAGUGUGUACUUCAUUUUCAACAGCUACAGCAAAGAGCCAGUCCAUGCCACAUGGAAAGAGUUCAAAAGCAUGGCGAUACAAAAUGCCCAUAGCAUCAUAAACGUGCAGAUGUGUGUAUGUGUUGUGUUAGGAUGAGUAAUCACUGCUUCCCCAGACCUUGUGUGUAACUUCUAAAAGCAGCCUCUGGGAUGGUUUCAGAAGGGCAGUAAUCUGUGCUGGUGAGAGGUCCCGACAGCAAUCCCUUUCCAAGUGCUUUAAGGUCUUGAUUUGGGGGAUUGUAACUAUCCCAGCUGCAGCCCUUGGAAAGGGAUGGACCAGAUCUCUGCAGACAGCGUUACUGUGGUUUAGCAAAGCCCUUUAUAGCAGGUUCCACCUCAGGCUUGCACCAUACACUUACAUUGCUGUAGUUUAACUCGAUGUGUUUCUUUGUUAACUGCUGGCACAAAAUCAGAACAGCAGCUUUACCAGUUCUUGUUGCAAGCUGAGGAACAGCUGAAUUUUUUUUUUUUUAAAAAGAACAUUGUAACUCGCACCUUUUCAUCUUCAUGAAGUGUCCAUGUUCUUACAGCUGGGCCUGAGACAGCAGCUGCCUUCCAAGUUGCCAUAUAACUACAUCACAUAAAAGUGGUGUAAUUUUUUUGUGUUUAAUAGGAGCGGUAUUGAUAUAUUUCCUUUAUCUUCCAAGUUGUGAGUCAUUCAGUAUUGAGAAUUAUAUAUGCAUCUUGUGUAGCUAUGAGUAGAAAAAUUGAGAAUAAUUUUUUUUUUUUUUAAUACGCUAGUACAAUCCGUGCUCUGCUGUUCAAUAUUUUGAGUGCUGAACUUUACCAAAAUGUUAUCUUCAUGAAUUCUCUUAGCCUCAUCAGCAUGAAAGUGAGUAUGAAUUUCCAGUCACUGCUUCUGGGUUCUCAGUGAAUUCUGAGCUGGAGGUAAAACAGUUGCAGUGGGAAAAGAUUGCUGUGGCAGCCACUUACUGACAACUUUUCAGAUGCAUCAAGCCAUUCUAUCUGUCAUCUGACACUUCCAGUUUUCUCAGUGGAUCACCAUGUUCAUUAAUAUCUUGAUAGCUAUUGUCAGCCAGUGGAGGGGAGGUGGGCAAGCUCACCACCCAGGAAGGCUAGAAAUGUAGCACGUAAUGAGAUAUCUUCCCCAGCAAUCAUUUAUUUUCAGUGCUUACCUUUCAACUAAUACUUGUAGCUUCAGUUAUUAUUUUACCAUUCAGUAUCUUGAGGUGAUAUGAGCAGAAAUAUAUGAAUAUAUAUAAUUUACAAAAAUAUAGGCUUGUAUUGUGCCUUUGUAAUUCUCUUCAGCUUCAGUAUCUAUAAGCUAUGAGCAGAAAAACUUCUUUCCUGUUUUGGGGUGUUCCUUACUAGAUAGUAGGUGAUGGCUUCGUUAUAAUACUGGCUAUUUGAGUCUUCUGAGGCUAAUGUUUUAUCUUUUCCCAGGUGAAGAUGCCAUAGUAUUCUCACCAGAUGUAAGCACAAUAACAUAUCACUGCGGUGCAUGCCAUCUCUUAGCUUCUCUCUACAGUGCUUGCAUGUUGGGAAAAAAUUAGAAAUAGCUGUAUAAAUUGCUACAUUGUUUACCCAAUACAGUUGUUUUUCUGCAUCCCUUUUUCUGCUGGAAACUCCCAUCAACUUUAAAAUUCAUGAUGGUGUUGAAAGGGGGGUUUGGAAGCACAAAGGAUGCAGGCAGCAACUGGUCAGUAGUUUACAGGCUGCUGUAAAUUAACGUCUUCUCAGCAAAGAAAUGUAGCACUUUAGCAGUAACUUCUUAGUGAAAACACUGAGCGUGCUUAUCACUUAAGAUUUUAAGAAAAAAAGUGUCAGACCGUGUAAUUGUAUCUCAUCUAAUUUUGACAUUUAACCAGUAAUAUUAGGCAAGAUAUGAACCUCAGUUUUAUCUACGUGUUCGUGCAGAACCAACCAAUGCAGAACUGGAAGGUGAACAGCCAUGUUUUAAUAUCACAGCUACACAAGAAAUCACAGUUUUCAAGAGUUUUGGUUUAGUUUUCUUUAUCACUAUUGCAUUUUUACCAUGGAAGUAUUUUUCUAUCUGAGGCUUCCUUUCAGCAACCAAAAUAGUCUGUAGCCUUCUGCACUGUGAAAGGCAAACCCUGUGAAGAAACAGGGGCUUUGCACUUGCCCAGCGAAUCAGCAGAAAUUUCAUCCAAGCCAUAAAAGCCUCUUAUGUUAUUCUGUGUUUAUGUAAUUAAAGCAAUUAAGGAUAGAAGCGUCAGGAAUAACAAGGCCUCUCUGUCCUCCAUUUUACUCUCUUGUCUGUACGUCAUAGGGAUUUAAGAGUUCUUUUUUCAAGGCUCAGCUGUGUCUCUUUAAACCAGUGCAGUCUAAGCAUUGUGUGAGAUUCAUUUUAUGGGGAUAGCAUUGGAGUGUGAAAGAUUUACUUUUGGUAGCAAGGAGUAAGACAUGUCCCUGUGGACAUGGACACUUGGAAAUGAGUCUGAUACUGAGAAUUAAAAAAAAAUAAUCAAGAUGGUACCAGUAUAUCAGACUCUGUAGUACAGUGGGUUUUUUUGUUUGCUUUUUUUUUUUUUAGCUUUUGUCAUUUGUAUUUUAUUUCACAGGAGAGGAGUUGGGGAAUCUCAGAUCACAUGGGGAACUUUAGAAGUUUAUCACUCAACAAUCAUUUUAUAAAGUCUAACUUCAAAAUGCACUAUGAUUUAUUACAAAAAUAUUUUUUCUUCUGUUUGCUGAUAUGGUUGUUCCAUUUUGUGAUAAGUUAAACUAAGCAGUUAAUUUGUUGCACUGCCUAGCUGCAUGAAUUCAUCCAGUGUACAUAUGUACCUGUGCAGCAUUACUUUGGGUUUUGUAUUUGAAUUUGCAGUAUUGAUUAUUAUUUUUGUAUUUUACUUUGCCUCUGUUAUUGGAAUUGUAGUAAACAUAAUUUAUACAUAUGAUUUUACAACUGUUUUGCAACUGAAAAGUCUUCUUUAAGUUGUAAAGUUUUAUUGAUGGAUACUCAUUAAAAUGGUAUAAGAAUUAUAUUAACAAUUGUUUUGUGUUUUGAUGCUCUCUGUACAUAAAUAUAUGUCUAUUUAUCUGUCUAAUGGUGCUUGUGUCUUGCAAUUUUGGAUACAUUUUAGAAUAAAGUUUCAUUUUACAAGAA